AAGGCCUAUGGACUAUUCAUGACCAUGAAGCCAGAGACCAGGAAAGCCAAGAUGGAAAUUCAAGGAAAGAACUCACAAAACGUCAGAAAACUUAUAUCCAACAGGAAAGCUAUGAUUGUAAUGAAUGUGGAAAGUCCUUCUGCCAGAAGUCUUCCCUCAUAACACACCAGCGCACACAUACUGAGAAGGCUUUUGAAUGUGAGAAGUGUGGAGAAUCAUUUUAUAAAAAUGAAGACCUAAAAGCACAUCAGAAAAUUCACACCAGAGAUAAAACCUAUGCAUGCAAAGAAUGUAACAAAGUUUUCUACUAAUUCCAUCUGAGCCUCCGUGCCUCAUCCAUCCGCUCGUGCCUCCUCCAUCCGUGCCGCUCGCUCCCACCCAAUUUGGAACAUCAGAAAACACACACAGGGGAAAAACCCUUUGAGUGUACAGAGUGUGGGAAGUUUUUCUAUGUGAAGGCAUACCUCCUAGUGCAUCAAAAGACACACACAGGUGAGAAACACUUUCAGUGUAAGGAAUGUGGGAACUUCUUUUCUCAGAAGUCACACCUCACAGUACAUCAGAGAACGCACACAAGGGAAAAACCCUACAAAUUUAAGGAAUGUGGGAAACUUUUCUCUAGGAAAUCACACCUUAAAACUCAUCAGAGAACUCACACAGGAGAGAAACCCUAUAAAUGUAAGGAAUAUGGGAAUUGUUUCCACCAGAAGUCAGCCCUCACAGUGCAUCAGAGAACCUACACAGGGUAGAAACACUUUGAAUGUAAUAGAUGUGGGAAAAACUUUUUCUAUAAAUCAGACCUCACUAAACAUCAGAGAAAACAUACAGGAGAGAAAUAUACAGAGUGUGGGAAAUCUUUCUCUGUGAAUUCAGUUCUCAGAUUACAUCAAAGGACUCACACAGGUGAGAAGCCUUAUAAAUGCAAGGAGUGCGAGAAAUCAUUUUCUCAGAAAUCACAUUUUGUCAUACAUCAGAGAAAACACACAGGAGAGAAACCCUAUGAGUGCCAGGAGUGUGGGGAAACCUUUAUCCAGAAGUCUCAACUCACUGCACAUCAGAAAACACACACCGAGAAGAAAAAGGAUAGCAAAUAAUAUUAAUUCAGAAUUUCCAUUUGGAUAGAACUUUCUUCUAUAAUUCACACAAAAGAGAAACCUUAUGAGUAUCAAGAAAGAUAAAAAUUCAGCCACAAUGUUUCCUUAAAGAAUUAUCAGCAAAUGUACAGAAAGAAAUUCUGUAAAUGUAUUAGGAAGGACUUUUUACAACAUGGUACAUUUUCCUAAACAACAGGAAACAGAUGGAAGAAAAUAUAAAGACUGUAAAACAUGAAAGACACUUUUCUGUGAUGACAUCUAGCUUUAUACAAUCAAAGGUACACGGGCAUGAGUAUUUUAAGUAUUCAGAAAUUUUUAUGCAGGUUGCAUCCAUUUUAAAGAGAUCAAGGGGGAAUAAAUGCAAAGAUUGCAACAGAUAUAGAUGCCUUAAUUUAAAAUUUAUGUUUUAUUUAAUAUUGAUCAUAUU